AUGGCGUCAGAGGUUACUUCAAGAAAAAAGUUUUUAAAUAUUAAAGAUACGCGUAUAGCUGGCUUAUACGAUCUUGAUUAUACUAUUGGACAAGGACACUUUGCGGUUGUCAAAUUAGCUAGACAUGUAUUUACGGGAGAAAAAGUUGCAUGUAAAAUUAUCGAUAAAACCAAUUUGGAUCCUGUUUCGGAGGCUCAUAUAAUGCAAGAAGUUCGAUGCAUGAAGCUAGUGCAGCAUCCUAAUAUAGUAAGACUGUAUGAGGUUAUAGAUACGCAAAGUAAACUUUUUCUCUGUUUGGAAUUGGGAGACUAUGACAUGCAUGAUUUCAUUGUGAGACACGAAAAAGGUGUCGCAGAACCUUUGGCUCAGCAGUAUUUUUCACAGAUAAUCACUGCUAUCGAUUAUUGUCACCGUUUACACGUUGUACACAGAGAUCUUAAACCCGAAAAUGUCGUGUUCUUUGAAAAAAUUGGAAUGGUUAAGCUAACAGACUUUGGGUUUAGUAACUUGUACGAACCAGGAAAGCCUUUAUUAACUUCUUGUGGUAGUUUGGCAUACUCAGCUCCUGAAAUACUGUUAGGGGAUGCCUAUGAUGCACCUGCCGUGGAUGUGUGGUCAUUGGGUGUGAUACUGUUUAUGCUUGUUUGUGGCCGAUUGCCGUUCCAAGAAGCUAAUGAUUCGGAAACAUUGACCAGAAUUUUGGAUUGCAAGUAUUCCUUGCCCGACUCAUUAUCCACUUCCUGCAAAAAUUUGAUUCAAAGAAUGCUCGUACGGGAACCAUCGAAGCGAGCAAACUUACCCGAAAUUGUUCAAAAUUCUUGGGUUUCUGCUGGUGAUCGUGGACAUGCAUCAGCCUUACCCUUGAUAGUUCAACACGAGCUUCCUCAUUCUGCUCAUACGACCAUUGUUGAACAAAUGGUAGCAGGAAACAUUGCAUCGGAAGAUGAAAUUCUCAGUGCUCUCGAGAAUGAUGAGUAUAACUCUUUGACCGCUACAUAUUACUUAUUAGCUGAGAGAAUUUUGUCGACGUGUCGAGAAGAGAAAGCGAAAGAACUGAUGGCUAAAGAGUGUGAUCCCAUUCCUGAUGAGGAACCUAUCGAGAGUGAAAAAACAGGAACACCUGCUGUACCUGGAUCCAGAUGUCGAAGUCGUUCCAAUUCUUGGCGUGCUAGACCAUGUACGAUUUUAAAAGAAGAGAGUGAAGAAGAGCUGUCCAGUUACCUGAAAUCGAGUCGGCAGAGUAGUAGACAGCUCUCGAUGGACAUUGUUCACUCAUCUUGUAGUCUUCUAUCAAGAGAACAUGGUGAGGAUGGUCAGUUGAAUCGAGUUGAGCAGCAACCCAGUGAAUCGGCGGAUCGGCCAACUUUUCUACUAUUCGGGCGCACGCCUACCAAUUUUGAUGACUUAUCUCCCAUAUUGGAGGAUAAAGAUAACGUGCUUGAGCCAGUUUCUCAGAACGGUGAAAAGAGUUCAGAACAUUUAGCAUGCAAUGCACGUAGAACUCGAUUUCUUCGCAAUCUCUCUGAGCCUGAACGGUUUACGCUCGAGGAAGAGAGGAUUGGUUCGCACAAUUUCAAUAAAAGUAUUCGAGGACUUGUUAGAAGAAACUCGUCUCCAUCAGUUUCCAUGUUUAGUGGGAGCGCUAAAGAUAGGAUCAGCCCUCAAGCGGUUCAUGAUUUAUUAGAAUUUAGCAGAUUAGGAAACUCAAGACGAGCAGCCAGUCCGGAUAGUAUCAGAAGUAGUCGAUCACCAUCUCCUCCUCCAAGUAGCAGCGGAAGAGCUUCACCUUCCAUUUCAACACUAUCCUCCUUCGCCCGCUUGAAAGUUGCCCCUGCUUCAUCGAGUAGUGGAAUGAGAAAGUUAUCUUCUUCACCUCACCUAUUAGGUAUAUGCGAAGAGGGAGAAGAGGGAGGAGAUUCCUCAUUCUCCAGUAGUUUACUGACAAGUCCUACUGAUGGAUUAGCCCGAACGAAUAGAAGUGCAUCAACGGGUCUCGUCCACUUAACUCGUCAUGGACCUGUUCAACCAUCGAAAAGUACAGGGUCAACCCAACAACCAACUACUUAUAGCGCUGUUCGUAUGAUACGUCCUCGACACGCAGUUGUUUCUCCUGAUGUUUGCAGGCGUUACGAACAACAUCAACGGUUUAUAGCGAGAAGCCGAAGAAGCACUAGCUGCUCUUCUUCUGAAGCGUCUGAUGAUGAGGAAGGAAAACGUCUGUCUCUCAUCGCAUCCAAGUAUUGUAACAGGAAGAAUUACGACAAUGACAAAGAGGAUGAUGACAAAGGAGAAGGAGGACAGAACGGAUCAACACCGUCAAAUCGUCCGCCUGUUCCGAGCUUGUCGAAACCGUCUGAUUCCGAACAAAAGUCUGAUGGGAGCAAAGUUCAAGACAAAAGAUCUGGACCAUCCGACUCUUGCGUUCCUUCAGGUUCACUACAACAGUUGCUACCAAUUCUAGAAAUGCCACAACUCGAUAGCGACAAGGGUCAACGAAUGAGAGCUCGUCUUUUACAAAGAUCUCAUACUGCGGAACGGAUACUCAGAGAUUGGGCAGGAUCUGCAAAUAAUAGUCCCAGCGAUGGUUGUCUGGGUACCCCGCCUAGAGAAGUUGUGAAACCGAACCAUGAAGUGGACGGACAUCAAGAAUGGAUCAAACGCUUGAGACGUACGAGAUCAGACAUCGAUAUAAGGGCAUUGAGCUUCACGCUUCACGAUAACAAGUUGUGUUCCGAAGAUUCUUCUUCUGAUGCAGUGUUUGACUUUUCUGAGUCGUCCUCUGAAGAGUACCUGGAGAGUAGAAGUGAUUCUGGUUGCUCAUCAGGAAAAGAACAAAGAAAGGAGGGUCGUGACUAUUCCAAAUAUGCCAAGCAUAACUGUCUUGAAUCCAUCCCCAUUUUUGAUUUGACUCACUGCGAGAAACCUUAUGAAAUUGCCAUGUUUUUAUUGAGAACCCUACAAAAACAGCGAAAGUUUUCAUCAACCAUUUUAUUUCGCCAGUCAAGUCAAAAUACUUUUCUAAAAUGGCCUUUACCUUCCGACAGUUUUCAUGGAGAUAGUAAACACAAAUUUUCUGAGAGUAUCCUCAAACUUGAGAAGCACUGGAAAGAUCAAAUUGAAAAUGAUUUCGUAUUAAGAAAGAAGUCGGAGUCGGGUAAUAAGGCUAAGAAGUAUGUAUUAUCCAUGUUUCCGUAUCCUUCUGGAGUGCUGCAUAUGGGGCAUAUGAGAGUGUAUACCAUCUCAGAUGUUACCGCUAGAUACUAUCGUUUGAAUGGUUUUAAUGUUAUUCAUCCUAUAGGUUGGGAUGCCUUCGGUUUACCAGCAGAAAAUGCUGCUAGGGAUCGAAAAGUUGAUCCAAAAGAAUGGACAGUGGGAAAUAUUAAAACUAUGAAAGAGCAAUUGCUUCGAACAGGAGUUCAAUUCGAUUGGGAACGAGAAUUAUUUACUUGCGAGAGUGAUUAUUAUAAAUGGACACAAUGGAUAUUCUGCCGUUUGUUCGAGAAAGGGCUCUUGAAACGGAAUCUGGCCGAGGUGAACUGGGAUCCUGUGGAUGGUACAGUUCUAGCUGCUGAACAGAUUGAUAGUGAGGGUCGAAGUUGGAGAAGUGGAGUCAAAGCUGAAAAAAAAAAGCUCAGGCAAUGGCUCAUUGAAACUCCUAGAUAUGCUAAGAGACUAUCAGAAGGGUUAAAGAAAGUCGAAAACUGGCACGAUGUAGCUGAUAUUCAAAGUAAUUGGAUCGGGCGUUGUGACGUCCGUCGCUUUAUGUUCCCAAUAAAAAAUGAUGCGGGUGAAAUGAUGGAAGAGCUACUCGAUUUAAGAUUGAAGGAUGCUCAUGCUAUAUCCAAUGGUUGGUUUGUUGUGCUCCGUCAAGGUCAUUCGUUGAGUGAUCCUACCAAAAAAGAUUCUUUGGAUACUUAUCUUCUACCGAUCAAAGUGUUGAAUGGUGUUAAUGGAUCAUGGAUGUCAGUUGUAGUUGUACCGAAAUCUUAUGAUGGUCCCGAAAUGUUCCUCGACUCUCGUUUGGGUGACUCUGUUGUGGAUGAGCAGCUGAUAUCACGCUUCCAACUUGGUAACCCUAAGAAAGUUAUGCCAAUGACUAUGAAUGACAUCGAAGAAAUUGCAUCAUUCGGAGGAUUUGGUGGUUACGAAACUUCCCGAACGCUACAAGACUGGGUAGUUAGCAGACAAAGGAAAUGGGGAACGCCAAUACCUAUGGUAAUCAGUCCUGAUGGGAAGAAAGCUUGUCCUUUAGCCAAUACAUUUCUCCCUCUGAUACAAGGAACUGUUGAUGGUUCUCAGAAAAUUCCUUGCGAUCAGUUUUCUGAUGGGUAUGGGUUCAUAGAAACAGACACUCUUGACACUUUCUUUGAUUCGGCAUGGUAUUACUUGAGAUAUCUCGAUCCCAAGAAUGAUAACUUUUUGAUAUCGAAAGAAGCUACCACUGACAUGCCAGUAGACGUUUACGUAGGCGGAGUAGAGCAUGCUGCUGUUCAUAUGUUUUUCGCCAGAUUCAUUUCUUACUUCUUAACGGACAUUGGUGUGACAAAUUUCCAUGAGCCUUUCAAGCAUUUAAUUCCACAAGGGAUUGUACGAGGGAAAACGUUUGUUGUACCUGAGACGGGUCUUUAUGUGAAGCCAGAGGAAGUUAUUUGGACAGAUUCUAAGCCGAAAACGAAAAACGGAGAGAUUCUAUCUAUAGAGUAUGAAAAAAUGAGCAAAUCAAAGCAUAACGGCGUCGACCCUUUGAGCGUGCUCAAUAGAGAUGGUAUUGAUAUGAUUAGACUUCAGCUAUUAGAAGCUGCAGCUCCACGUCAAGCUAUUAAUUGGGGCGAAUCUGAUACAAAAGGAUUGAAAAAAUGGUUAGACCGUGUAGCAUGGGUUGUUUCUACAUACAUCGAACAGAGAUCUCCGAGUAAUACAACAGCUACUACCAGAAACGUUGAAGCUACCUUGAAAGAGACUUACAACUAUUUUGUUCGAAAUAUUUCAAUGUGCUUGGAAGUAUUACAUCUGCAUAAUACAGCUUUAGCAAGAUUACAGGGAAUGACCAAUGCGUUACGGAAAACGGAUCCGCAUGUUCUUGGCUCGAGUGAGCAAGCUGAACGAUUAGUUCACGCGUUAGUGACUAUGCUUCAGAUAUAUGCUCCUCAUACCGCUACGGAACUAUGGAAGGCGUUGAUAUCAGUUGAAACAAUAUCUAAAUUUAAGAGAAAUGAAUCUAUUGCACUCCAGCCAUGGCCAGAAGUUGACGAUGAUUGUGAUAUAGAUUUUACACUAAUGAUAAACGGAAUAAGUGCAGGACGGGUGUCAACGCCCAGGAAAGAAGUUGAAAAUUUGUCUUUUCCCGAAGCAGUAGAAAGAUCGCGUAAUGUUGAGCACAAAGAUUUCCUUCAAAGAAUAGCUACGAAAGGAGUGGAAGUAACGUAUGAUUCCGUAAGUAAACGCGAAGGUUUCCACUUAACGAUUAAUGCAACGGUGAGAAGCGAAGAGGAUGUCAGAAAAAUUCAGAAAACUCUGGAUGAAAUUCAGUUUGAAAAACGAAAAUCUGUUUCAAAAACCAAGAAAGAGAAAAAAAGUAAGAAGUAA